UAUUUAAAUAUAAAUUUGUCAUAAUAUUGAAAUUAUAUUAUAUAGUUUUUAAAAUUAUUUUUAAUUUUUUGUUCGGAAAUAUACAUUAUAAUAAUAUAUUUUUGAUAACCUUAUGAUGUCUGACAAGAUAGUAAAAAGAGCACCUAAAAAAAAGGGAGCAAAUGCAUAUAAAUUGCCAGAUCCAAUUUCUGCUGGUGAAAUAUUGACAGAUAUGGGAAAAAAACAAUGGAUUCUUGGCGUAUCAAUCGGUAUUGGUGGUUUUGGUGAAAUUUAUUCUGCUGCACCUUAUAAUGGAAAAGUUCCAAAUGAAUAUCCUAAUGUAAUUAAAAUUGAACCACAUGGAAAUGGUCCAUUAUUUGUAGAAAUGCAUUUUUACAUGAGAAAUGCCAAACCAAAUGAAAUUGAUAAUUGGAGAAACAAAAAGAAACUUCCAGCACUUGGUAUGCCUCGAUAUAUUGGCUCUGGUAGUCAUGAAUAUAAAAAAACAAAGUAUCGAUUUAUAGUAAUGGAACGAUAUGGUACAGAUUUAUGGAAAUUAUUUGAAGCAAAUAAUCGAAGAUUUCCAGAACAUACAGUAUACAAAGUAGCUUUACAAAUAAUAAAUGUUCUAGAAUAUAUCCACCAUAAGACAUAUGUACAUGCAGAUAUAAAAGGAGCAAAUUUAUUGUUAGAUUUAAAAUCUAAAAAUCAAGUUUAUCUAGUAGAUUUUGGAUUGGCUUCUCAUUAUACAACAAAAGAUGAAUACAAAUUAGAUCCAAAGAAAGCCCAUAAUGGAACUAUUGAAUAUACUAGUAGAGAUGCACAUAUGGGAGUACCAACAAUGCGCGGAGAUUUUGAAAUUUUGGGUUAUAAUAUGAUUCAGUGGUUAUCUGGGUCACUUUUAUGGGAGAAAAAUUUAUCAGAUCCAAUUACAAUACAAAAACAAAAGGAAAAAGCUUUUGAUAAUAUUCCAGAAUUUUUAAAUCAAUGUUUUCAUGGAACAAUUUCAAAUACUAUACAUAAAUACAUGACUUUAUUAGCAAGUAUAAAAUUUAAUGAAAUACCAGAUUAUGAAAAAUUUAAAAAAAUAUUAAUAGAGGGAUUAAAACAAUUAUCACACAAACCAGAUGGAAAAUUAGAAUUUAAAACUGACAUCAAAAAUGAUAUUUCUCAUAAACAAGUUCCAAAAACUACCCCACAAAAAAUAAAAAAUAUAAUUAAUCGAAAAAGAAAAAGUCCUCGUAUAAAAUCAACAAAAAAUGUAAGUCCUGUGAAAAAUCUUGAUGAUAGCAAUGUAGGAGUCGUAAUAGACAAAAAACGUGGUGGUGUAAAAGAUAUUAAACUAGCAUUAAAUGAAAUUGAGUCUGAUGAAGAAUAUGAUAUAAAAAUAGUUAAAAAAGCAAAAAAAAAUUCUAGUUCUGUAAAUAAAUAUAAUGAGGAAAAAAGUUCAGUUAAAAGCAAGAAAAAAAUUAAUUAUAUUCACAAUGAAUCUGAUUCUGAACCAAAGAUAAUAUCAAAAGGUACUAAAUCACGGCCCAUAAAUAUUCGAAAUGCAACAUCUAAAAGUGCAAGAGCAAAAAUAAUUCAAGAAAGUGCAUCUGAGGAAGACAUGUUUAGCACAUAAUUAUAAAUAUGACGUUUAUCAUCGCCUAAAUAAAUAAUAUUUUCUACAACUUCCUGUGACAUUGCAGUUGGCUGAUUAUUAUCAACAUGUAACUUUACUCUAUAAAAAUAAA